UCUUUCCUCUUUGCUUCCUCUUCACUUUCCUCCUAUAUUUUUCUGUCUCACUUUCCUCAUUUCCUCUUACAAUUCUCUCUGUUUUUCUCACACUUUCCUAGUUCAUUUUAAGUGAAUUCAAAUAGCUAAGUCAUUAUCACAAUCACCUAGUCUUUUUUUCUUCUAAAUUUAGUUGUACUCCAAAUAGUGUCCAUUUUUUUUUCCAAGAAGAGUCCUACCCUUUUGUUUCUUGAUUGGUUCUUGAAUUUUAGCCUUUUGGGGUUCUUUUCUUUUCUUUUUUUUCAAUGGAGAAGAGAAAUUUGUUCAUGAAUGAUGAUAACACUACAAUGGGGAGUAGUUAUGAACAACUUCAAAAUUGCUUCUUUAAUCCCAAUUUGGAUAAUAACAACUCUGAUCCAUUUGAGUCUGCAUUAAGUUCAAUGGUGUCAUCUCCUGUUACAGUUCAUAAUAAUAAUAGUAGUAGUGGUGGUGGUGACAAUUUUGUGUUAAGGGAAUUGAUUGGUAGACUAGGUAGCAUUUGUAAUUCAAGAGAAAUGUCACCAAAUUCUCAUAACAUGACCAAUAAUAAUAGUACUAACAAUUCUUGUUAUAGUACCCCUUUGAAUUCUCCACCAAAAUUAAAUCUUUUUAUGAGAGGGAAUUUGCCACCAACACAAUUCAAUUCUGAUCCUGGAUUUGUUGAAAGGGCAGCAAGAUUUUCUUGUUUUGCUAACAAAACUUUCAAGAGUUUCAAUGAAUCUGAAUUAUUGUUGCAUCAAAACAGACAAUUAGCAACAAAUUUGGAAAGUGAACAACUUUCAAGAGUGUCAGGCAACCAAUCCUUCAAGAUUCAAGAAUUCAAAGAUGUGAAUAAUUUAGCUCAAUUGGGAGAUUCAAGGGAAAAUUCAUCAGUUUCUGAGCAAAUCCCAGGUGGAGAAAUUGGCUUAAUUGGUCAAAAUGAUACAAAUUCAAGAAAAAGGAAAUCAAUUUCCAAGGGAAAAUCAGCUAAGAAUGCUAAUGAGAAAGAAUCCACUGCCAAAAGAAGCAAGUCUGAGGAAGAUGAUAAUAUAGCAAAAGAAGAGGAAAAAGCUGCUACAGAAGAAAAUAAAGAUAACCAAAAGCUUGCAGAGCCACCAAAGGACUAUAUUCAUGUGAGAGCUAGAAGGGGACAGGCCACAGAUGCACAUAGUCUAGCUGAAAGAGUGAGAAGGGAGAAAAUCAGUGAAAGAAUGAAGCUUUUACAAGAUCUUGUACCAGGCUGCAAUAAGGUGACUGGAAAAGCUGUGAUGCUUGAUGAGAUUAUUAACUAUGUACAAUCACUUCAACGCCAAGUUGAGUUCCUUUCAAUGAAAUUAGCUACUGUGAAUCCAAGAAUGGACUUUAACAUGGAAGCUCUUCUUUCCAAGGAUAUGUUUCAAUCUAGGGGAUCAUUGGCACAUAACAUGUAUCCAACAGAAACUUCAACACAAGCAUUUCCUUAUGGAUUUCAAUCUCAGCCAGGCCAAAACUUUCAUAAAGGAACAGAGAUUCCUUUCCCAAUUAACUCAUUGAAUCAUAAUUUGGUCAGAAAUUCAAGCGUGCAAUUGCCUCCUCUGGAUGGUUUCGUUGAACCUACCCCUCAGGUUCCACCAUUUUUUGAGGAUGAUCUCAACAGUGUUGUUCAAAUGGGAUUUGGCCAGAAUCAACACCAGAGUUUUCCUGGUAACAUUCCUAAUUCUCAAAUGAAAGUUGAACUAUGACCAAAAAAGCCCACUAAAAAAUUGAUGUAUUCAUUUGAGGCCCCCAAAUGAGAGAGGCUUCUGUACAUAGAGAGAAAAUUCGUGAUUCAGACCUAUUCAGAGCAAAUUUCGAUUCAAGAAGUAGAAGAAAAAGAAAGAUGUCUUUUUCUCUUCCAAAUUCUUGAUCUAUUUAGUUAUUGAUUUGGCUGAUUCUGAUUAUUGUUAUUAUUAUUACUAUCUUUUGUCUUUCCUUUAUGGAAUUUUACAAAAAUUGGAGAGGCAAUUAGCAAACUCUACCAAGAUUUGCACUUUGUAAAAUAUUUUGUAGUAGCAUUUGGUAAGAAAGUGUGUUGGGAAGGUGAUGAUAGAUGGAUAUGUACUUUUUUUCACACACUUUCUUACCAUUCUAAUUUUUAUCACUAAUUCAUUG